UAGUAUCAUCGAAGCUUUACCAUCUCUAUCUGAAAUUUGUUUACUCGGACUUUUGUUUAAAUUAAUCAUUUGUUUAAAAGUAAUCAGCGCGAUGCCCGCAUCUAGAUGAGUUGGAUGAGCGGGAAACCGAGUUUUCGCGACAGCCACAUAAGUAUCACCCGGAAAUAUGAGUCUCUACGCGGAAUCGGAGUCUUCGCAGUCAGAGAGCAAAAUGGACAUCUCGACGCCCACGGACUCCACGGGAAUCUCGCCGCUGGCCGAUGAUGCUUUGACCGCUCCUCCGCCCAAGAACAUCCUGGCGCUGGAGAAGGAAAGUGAGACUGCGAAGGAUCUAGAGAACACGACCACGACUUCUAGCUUGGACAACCGUAUUCUUCGGACGGAAAUGCUGCCCAUUGAGACGAUGCCGCCACAACGACACACCAUCGAGCGCACGCUGGCGAACAGCCAUCCUUUGAUGUCGCCCACAAACACGGACAGCGACUCCGAGCCCUUCCAGCUGAAGAAGCAGGAGAAGCCGCAGCCGCGGAGCAACUUUCCGGACGUGGUGCCCACCACGGAGACGGUGCAGGCGAAGAACGCGCUAAACCAGUCGCGGAACAAGCCGCAGGAUGCCAAGGUCAGUCUGUUGAGGGCCAACAGUCCGGACAUUCUGAGCAGCGAGUCGGAUGCGGAUGUGUCCCAGUACUUGGCUGCCGUGGAGUCCAAUUUCCAGUCGGUCUCCCUGAUGCCCAACGGCAAUGGCAAGAAGUCCAAGCGGACAACCACUCUCCCUGGCGGCGAGGACAUCUCCAGCUUGGACUCCAUUUCUAAUCACAGCUUCGAUGACGACGAGGACAUUGAACAUAAUCUGGCCUCCCUGAGCCCCUCAAGCUCGCUCAUCGAUGGUCUGGAUGGCGAGGAUGACGACGACGACUGCGAGGGCCCUGAGCUAUUGCCCGACCAUGACGAUGACCUGGAAUUGGACCUGGAGUUCGGUCUGGCAACCACACCAACGCCACAUGCUGCGGCUACGGCUGCUGCUCCAGGCGCCUCCACUCUGCCACAAUAUACGGCUGCCGAGGAGCGACGCGACUCACGGAAUUGGCAGAAAAUCACUCUGCCGGACGGGCGAACCCGCGAGAUUGAUAUGCGGGUCAUAGAGCCCUACAAGCGGGUGCUGUCCCAUGGCGGAUAUCUCAAAUCUGGCGGCCAGAAUGCCAUAGUCAUCUUCUGCGCUUGCCAUCUGCCGCAUAGAUCAAGGGCCGACUACAGCUAUGUGAUGGACAACCUGUUUCUGUACGUGGUCAAGACCCUAGAGCAGCUGGUUACGGAUGACUAUGUGCUGAUCUAUCUGCACGGUGGCUCCAAUAGGCGGAAUGUGCCGCCCUUUCCCUGGCUUAAGCGUUGCUAUCAGCUGCUAGAUCGUAGGCUGCGCAAGAGCCUGAAGCACAUGUAUUUGGUGCAUCCCACAUUCUGGAUCAAGUCGCUGGUGUGGAUGGCAAGACCCUUUGUGAGCACAAAGUUCUGGCGCAAGCUGGUCUAUGUAAAGUCCCUGGAGGAGCUGGGUCUGCAUGUGGCCGUGGAAAAGGCAGCCAUUCCGGAGAAGGUUAAGCAGUACGAUGCCAAGCGGCACUGAGGUUGCUGCCGAGCCCACAGACUUGUUUUACUCAAACGCAAACGCAUUCAUAACACACACACUCGCUAUACACUAGAAUCUCUGUGCAUUACGCAUUCCCCAUCUUCACGGACUACGGACUUAGGCUAUGUAAUCCUCCUGCGCUCUCUCGCUAUGCUUUAAUUUAAGAUCUCAAUCUUUGUGAUACUUUAUGUUUGCCUUCUCAGUCGAGUUCCCUCAGCAUUUUUCCGUGUGUGUGUGUGAAGCGUGAAGGCGUGGAGUUGGUUCAGCAAGACAUCGAACAAGUUUUUGUAGUUCUUUAUUGGCAGCCGUAGUAGAAACGUAUUAGUAGGCACAGAGCAAUACCCAUAUUUGUAGCUUCCGCUUCAUCUACAUACGUAUAUAUAUUCAUAUAUUUUGUAAUGGAACAGACAUACAUAUGCAACCAGAAACCACCAAACUUCCGAACCUGUUACACGAAGUUGGAGCACCUAAACUGAAUUUAAACAUAAGUAAUUGAAAAUCUUUAGCUGAAUUUUGCAUUCAAUGUAUGUUCCAAACGCACACUGAUACUGCAACGAUGACCCCAUGCCAGUUGCCAGUAGUAGGUGUCACCCGUAUCCAUAUCUCUGCAUAACCCACACAAAACACCGCAUCCACCAUCAGAGUUAGCCGUUUAGACUGUAAGUGACCAGUAGCGACCAUUCUCUCACGGACACACGUAGAAUCUCUUUAUAGCGGAUAAUGUGACGUACAAUUUAGGCAAUGAAUGUAACCGAUUGAUAUUACGAGCGACAUUUUGUUGGUUUCCUUUUACCGCUUUAAACAAUAACAAUAAUAAUAAUAAAGUGCAAGAUGAAUUUUA